AUGGUAGCGGAGCCGUGGUCCCGACCCUCUCAGUCUACGGGGUCGGGCGCCGCGGCUCCCGAUCCCGCCGGCGGCGCGGAGAGCCCCAGCAGCCUGGGGCGGCCUGCCGGCGCGGGAGCCGCAGCGGGGCCGGCCGGGCCCAGCGGAGGCGGCGGCGACGAGUGGGAGCUCCUCGAGGUCCACCAGGGCUGGAGGAGAGUGGCGCGGUCGCUGCGCAAGCUGUCCAGGCUCAGUAGGACCUGGGCGGCGCUGGGCCAGCACCUGAAGGAGCGCAUGCACGCUCUAGAGCAGCAGAUGCGGGCGAUGGCUCAGGAGCUACAGAACCGCCAGCAGAGGGAGAACGAUCUCACGGCCGAGGUGCAGCGGCUCGGCCGUGCGGCCGAGGCUAGACCACGGGUGGAAGGGCCUGUGCUGCAGCCUCGAGCUGAAUCGCUCGUGGACACUCGCACGCUGGGCAGGCCAGAUGUGUUCACGGGCGAGGAACACAAGUGGAACGAUUGGAAGGUGAUCUUCAAGGCGUACUGUGGCGUUGUGAACGCUGACUUGCUGGCAGGGAUGCGACUGGCAGAGAGUGCUGACGAGGCCUCAGUCCAGAUCGACGACUUCAUCGAGGAGGAUAUGAGGCAGGCCUCGCAGCAGCUGUGUUGCAUCUUGCUCAUCCUCUGCCGGCAGCAUCCUCUGACGACGAUCGUGAACGCUGGCGAGAACGAGGGCUUCCAGGCUUGGCGCAGGCUGGUCGAGUACUAUGAACCGAAUGCGAGGUCCCGCAUCGCGGGGCAGCUGCUGAAUCUCCUGAACUUCACGUUCGCGGGCGAUGUCGAGGACCAGCUGGCGCUGUUCGAGCGAGAGCUCCUCAGGUACGAGCAGAGGAGCGGCGAGGCCAUCGCGGCCUCUAUGAGGAUCGGCAUCGUCCUUCGGCAGCUCGAGGAAGACCCUCUACGCCAGCACCUCUUGCUCAAUGCGACCAGGCUGGUGGGGUGGCAGGACUUCCGAUGUGAGGUUACCGGCGUCCGCCGUGCCCAGAGCGCCAUCGCCCCGGUGCCCGUGCCCAUGGAUCUGAGUGCGUUCACCAAGGGUGACGGCAAGGGCAAGUCCAGGGGCGACGGCAAAGGCAAGGGCAAGUCCAGUGGCAAGGGCAAGAGCAAGGGCGACAGCAAGGGCAAGUCCAAGUCCGACGGCAAGGGCAAGACCGGCAGCAAGUCGCAUGGCCAGCAGCUUGGGCCCCUCUGCUGGGGCUGCGGCGGUCGCGGCCACACCCAGCGCGAAUGCCCGAGCAAGCGCAGGGGGGCGUUGGCGAGCAUGGAGCAGACGCUGGCUCGCAUCAACGCCUCCCAGUCGACGAGUGCGACUGCGCCGUCGGCGGCCAGCUCUAUCUCGACGGCUGCGACUACGAGGCUGAGUCCGGCGACGGCGAUGUCCGGCGCGAGCUCUCGGCAGGUCGUAGCACUCUACCUGGGCGACGCGGACGAGCAGGCGGACGUGGUCGACUCUGCGAUCGGCGCGGCCCUGGACCUGAACAUGACCCGCGGCAACUCGGAUGGGGAGGAGGUCGAGCUCAACGGCAUCUUGCGUGUGGGCAUCGACUCGUGUGCGGCGGCGUCGUUGCUGCCGCGUGGCUCGUGUGCGGACUACCUGGUGCACGAGGGUGGCCGGGUACGCGCUGCCAAAUUCAGGGUGGCGGACGUCAGCAAGCCGUUGCUGAGCGCCACGGAGAUGGUCGACUCGGGCCAUCGGCUCGUCUUCGACUUGGAGGGCGGGCAGGACAUUAGCUACGCGUAUCACAAGACCAGCGGAGACGUCGUCAAGUUCUGCCGCAGGAGCAAGGUCUACGAGAUGGACAUGCACGUUGACCCGUACGUGCCGGAGGUCUGCCCGGUCGAGGUUGCGGGCCACGCGCCUCCCGAGGGCGCGGCCGGCCAGCCAGGCGCGGCUCGCGAGGAGGUCGCGGAGGGCCCGCCGGCGCGGCCGGCGAGGGAGCCAGCAGCGCCGACGGCGGCCGAGCGAGCCGCGCAUGAGGUGCUGCACGAGCCCUACAGGGCACGGUGCCGGGAGUGUGUCUCCAGCAGGGGCCUGUCCACAGGCCGUCAGACGAAGGACCGCCAGGAGUCGGCGCUCGCGGCGGUUGGCGUCGACUACGGCUACCUCGGUGAACGAGAGGACGCCACGCCGCUGCUGGUCGGGAAGGAUUCGAAGCAGCGUUGGUUCCACGCGUCGGUGGUUCCAUCCAAGGGGGCGCAGCGUCCCGGGCCGGCGAAGUCAUGGUCCAGGAGGCUGGCAUCGGCUGGCCACAAGCGCUUCGUCUUCCGCUCGGACGGCGAGGCGCCACUCGUCGCCCUGAAGACCCGCAUCGGGGCCAAGCUCAAGGAGGAGCACGGCGUCGAGACGGCGCCCGAGGAGAGCGCGGUCGGCGACUCUCAGGGCAACGGCCUUGCCGAGCACGCGGUGCGCGAGGUCAAGGCCAAGGUUAGGGCGGCGCGGGCGCAGGUGGGCGACCUCGGCGUGAGCAUUGGCAUCGAGCACCGGGUGACCCCGUGGAUGGUCGAGUUCGCGGCCAUGUCCAUCAACCUGGGUAGGCGGGGCGCGGGCGGCCGCGCGUCUUGGGAGCUUCGGCGCGGCCGCCCUUUCAACAAGGACCUGGCUUGCUUCUCGGAGAAGGUCCUGUACCUCCCAGGGGGCAAGCGCAAGGCCGGGAUCGAGGACAAGUUCCUCGCUGGGCUCUACCUGGGGCCCACACUUCGGACGGACGAGGUCUACAUUGGCACGGAGUUGGGCGUGCUACGGGCCAGGACCUCCAAGCGGUUGACGGUCGAGCAUCGGGCUGACAAGGGCCUGCUGAACAGCCUCGCGGGGAAGCCGUGGGCGCUGGUGCCGACGGACAUGGCGGUGAACGAAGUACCGGUGGCCAUCGAGAUCCGAGCGCCGGUGCCGGCGCCGGUCGCGCCUGUGGGCGGACCUCUGGCGCCCAUCCCCGAGGCUGAGGACCUCCCGCCCCGGGCCACCCGAGUCGGGCGGCCACCGGCAGGGCCGCGGGCCAUCUACAUCAGGAAGGGCGUUGAGAUCGCGAAGUACUCAGAGCGCUGCCACGGCUGCACCGCGAUCCUCAACGGCGCCAGGGCGCAGGCCCACUCAGCAGAGCGCCGCGCUCGGCUCGAGCAGGCGAUGCAGGACGACGAGGAGGCGAAGCAGAGGCUCGAGGAUGCCCGUGAGCGGAAGCGGCAUCGCACUGACGUCGCCGGGCCCGUCUACCAAGAGGGCGGCUCGUCUGGCAGUGGCGGUCCAGCCCCAGCUCAGCAGGUGCCGCCAGCACCUGAGGCUGCGGCGGCGGCUGACGUGGCGAUGGCUCCGGCACCGCGCGACCCAGGCGACGACAACAUGCAGGAGGAGAUCGGCGCCCUCCUGCUCUCCCUCGGCUACAGCGGGCGCAUGGCUGACGUGAUGGAGGUCUUCUGCCCGAAUAGGCUUGUGGGCUUUGCCCCACUCUUCGGUCUGGUCCACGGCGGCUCGUUCGACUUGAGGCUGAUCGAGCACUACGAGGUGUACUUCAUCUUGGGCAGUCCUCGUUGCGCGCCGUUCUCCAUGCUGAAGUACCUGAACGAGGACACGGAGAAGCAGCGUGAGGCCUAUGCCAUCGGGUACGAGCACUUGAGGUUCGUGCUGGUGCUCUACACGCUGCAGGUGAAGAACGACCGCACGUUCUUGCACGAGCACCCCUGGAGCGCGGACAGCUGGGGCCUGGACAUUGUGAAGGACGUGAUGGCUCUCCCCGGCGUCGAGGUCGGGCGAGGCGACCAGCGCGUGUUCGGCCUGGUGGUUGCGGACGCGCGCGGCGACAGGCUCGCCAAGAAGCCGACAGGAUGGAUGAGUAACAACAAGGAGGUGUUGGAUGAGGUCUGCAAGCGCUGCCCCAACGAUACCGGCGUUGGCAGCAAACACGAGCACUCCACCUUCGUCGGCCGGAACAUGCGCGUGGCGGAGAGGUGCCCGGUUAAGCUCCUCCGUGCCAUCCUCCGUGGCCUCCGCCGGCACCUUGGGAACAAGAAGGUGCUCACGCUUUCGGCCCUGGAUGCUGGGCCGAACGUGGGCGACGAGGAGAUCAGCCUGAAGGACUUCGUCGGGAGGUGGCGCGACGCGCUGAGGACCGAGUUCUACGACGACCUCGCCGGCCUACCGCUGCCCCACGCUGGUGAAAGUCGCGAGGCGCUUGGACAUGGAUUUCACGGCGCAGCUUGGGCGGUCUACAUCAAGCUUCCAGAUGAGGAUCCGAUGUCGCAGGAGAUCGGUACGCGUGGGCUCUUGCGGAUGGCGCUCUACGGGGCGCGCGACGCUGGCCAGAACUUUGAGCUCGCGACCGCGGAGACGGUCAUCGGUGCUGGCUGUGACCAGUCGGCCUUCUCACCUUGCGUGUACUGCCGCAAGGACCUGCAGGUGAGCUUCUUCCACCGCGGCGAUGACUUCGUGCUCGAGGGCUCUCGGGGCGGGACGGAGUCGAUCUGCGAGGCUCUGAAGACGAAGUUCAUCGUGAAGGACAGGGGCGUGCUCGGGCCGGCGCCUACCGACGCGAAGGAGAUCACGUGCCUCAACAGGGUGGUGCCCUGGCGAGACCGAUCGAGCCAAGGGGGCGAGGCCAUCGAGUGCGAGGCGGAUCCCAGGCGCGCGCAGACCCUGCGCGCGCAGCUCGGGCUGAGCCAGAAGCUGACGCCUGAGGUCGAGCGCGAGCUGAACGAGCACGAGGCGGCAGAGUACCGCAGCGCGUGCAUGAGGCUGGGCUACUUGGCGCUCGACCGGCCAGAGGUGCAGUUCACGGCCAAGCGGGCGCCCGCGGUGAUGGACAUCCACUCGGACACUGACUGGGCAGGCUGCCCGAUCACGCGGAGGAGCGCCAGUUCAGUUGUGAUCAAGCAUGGGCAGCACUUGAUCGUGACGGCAUCGACGACUCAGAUCCCCAUCUCCAUGAGCUCGGGGGAGGCUGAGUUCAGCGGCUGUGUGCGAGCGGCCAGCAGGGCCAUCGGCAUGCAGUCGCUGUGCCAGGGCCUAGGCAGGGAAGUGAGCCUUCGCAUCUGGAGCGACUCGGCGGCUGCUCUUGGCAUCAUGCAACGACGGGGCCGCGGCAAAGUCCGACACCUCGAGACGCCGACGCUGCGGGUGCAGAAGGCGCUCAAGGACGGACGGUUCCAACCGGCCAAGGUUCCAGGGAAGUCGAACCCGGCGGACCUGGGGACGAAGUUCCUCGACCAGGCGGCGAUGCUCCGAGGGCUGAAGAUGAUGAAUGUCGAGCUCUCGGACGCGCCUCUCUCGAGUGCCCUUCAGGCAAAGGUCUGA